UUGCUACUUCGUUAGCAACCUGUAACCAAUUUGGCAACGCUGUAUUCCACGGUCGCCCUCUUGAGUUGCUGCGUUGCUGCUUACAUCUAGUUACCAAAAGCUUCACCAUGGCUAACACACUGUUAGCGCUGGGCGCCAGACAAUUAAUCAGAAAUGCCAUCAGCAAACCUUUAGUUAUCCAAUCGGCUGCGAUGAGCGGUGGAGUUGAAGGCUCCUACACCAGAACCCUCAUUGGCAAAAGGGAAAUAGUGGGCUACGGUUACAAUGGAGAACCUAAUUAUGUUGACCGUUCCGAUUUUCCAUUGCCAGCCAUUAGGUGGCAGGAACCAAAUGCUGACAUCUUGGCUCUACGUGAAAGAGAAAAGGGAGACUGGAAACAGCUUUCCAUUGAAGAUAAGAAAGCCCUAUACAGAGCUUCUUUCAGACAAACCUUUGCUGAAUUUAAAGCUCCUACUGGUGAAUGGAAAUACAUGGUCGGAGUCACUCUGAGUUUGAUAUCUGCCGCCUUAUGGGUAUUUUUUGGAUUGAAAACAUUUGUUUAUGCUCCAUUGCCAGAUUCGUUCAAAGAAGAGAACAGAGCAGCCCAAUUCCGUCGUAUUCUCGACCUACAAGUAAAUCCCAUCGAAGGAAUCUCCUCCAAAUGGGACUAUGAAAAGGAUGACUGGAAAAAAUAAAUUUAGCCCCGUAACAUCUAAUUUUAUAAUACAAAUGGUGAACACUGUAUUUAAGGACAACGAUACAGCGUCCGCCAUUCACAACAUCUUUUAGUGUUAUAGCCAAUUUAUCUUGAGAUAAGUAAUUAAAAUUAACAUUAUGUAAUAAACGCACUUUUUAUUUUGUUACAAAUUAUUAUUCUUUUUGUGAUUUAUGUGAUAGACCUUAUAGGGGAGCUACUGAAUUCAAAAUGUUGCACGAUUAAUUGAGUAUUGGACCCAUACUAUCGGUAUUGAAUAAACUUUUAAUUUAUACUAUGUUUGUAGUGUGGUUUUUUUUCUGUUUUACUGUUAAUGAUAAAA